GUUGGAAAAAAAAUUGAGAUCCAAAAGCUCGCACUCGAAGAAGAACGAUUUGAAAGGAAAAAAAUCUAAGUCUUCUGUGUGUGUUUCUCUCUCUCGCUUAUCAGACUCUGGUCUCGAAGACUAAUAACUGAAGCAGAUCUAUUCAGAAAAAGGAGAGAUGUAUGAGCAGCAACAGCAUUUCGUGGAUUUGCAAAGCGAUUCUGGAUUCGGGGAUGAUAGCUCGUGGCUCGCCGGUGAUGACGAUCUCCGAUUAUCUCCUCACCAAUCUGUCGCCGCUACGAACUCCGGCAACGAGAAUCUCGAUCGGCGUCUUUUGAAAGAUCUCGUUGAGAUGGUUCCCCUCAUCGAGCAAUUCAUGGAACACAAAGAAAAGAGUUCGUUUAAGCGGCGUGGUUCCAUGAUCUACACUAAGAUGCCUUCCCGAGAAUCAUUGUCCAGAAGGGGAAGAAAUGCUUCUCAAACAGUACCAGGAAGAAAGAAGAGAGAUGCAGAAGGAAAUAACGAUGUUGUGAACGAUACUAGGGAAGAUGGUGAAAACGCCAAGGGUUUGGCUGGCGCAGAAAAGGAAGAACUAACCAAACUUAGAGAGCAAGUGAAUGACUUGCAGACAAAAUUAUCAGAGAAAGACGAGGUUUUAAAGUCCAUGGAAAUAUCAAAGAUUCAUGUAAACGAGAUACAGGAAAAGCUUGAAGAAACAAAACGCUUGGUUGCUGAAAAGGAGAUGUUGAUCAAGUCUAUGCAGUUACAAUUAUCAGACACAAAGAUCAAACUUGCAGAUAAGCAAGCCGCUCUUGAGAAGACUCAAUGGGAAGCAAAGACAACAGGAACGAGGGCAAUCAAGCUUCAAGAACAGCUAAAUGCUGUUGAAGGAGAAAUCUCUUCAUUCGCACGGGUAUUUGAAACUUUGGCGAAAACAGAGUCCAAGAAACUCGACAGGGAUUAUGACGCAACCCCAUAUGAAUUUGAUCAUCUUCCAUAUCUCGACGAUGUAGAUGAAAGUGAACUACGGAAAAUGGAAGAAGCAAGAUUAGCAUAUGUUGCAGCUGUGACUACCGCAAAGGAACGAGAAGAUGAGGAAUCUCUGGCCAUUGCUGCUAAAGCUCGAGCCUACUUGCAAUCACUAGCCUUUAAAUACUAAUCAUAUUGAUCAUGCCUAAGGGUCAAGUGACAUCCUUAAUAUUCAUGUUUAACCAACUUUUGUUAUAAACUCAAAUCGUAUUCGUAUUUCGUAUUUCGUAUAUAAUUCGCACGUG